AUGACCUGGCAACGAAGCGCUCAGGGUGAUAUGACUUGUCGUUACGAAAUUGAGACAUCUGCUGAUAUCAGCGCUGCUUCAUGCGCGAUGUACGCAGCCACGUACGGCGUCAAUACCGACACGUUCAUGUGGAGGAACUUGAGCUUGACAGCGUCUGCCCCAACAUCCAGCCGAACACCAAGUAUUGUGUCAAUGGCUUGGUUACACCCCCUCUACGGCAGUACGCGCCUUACAUGCGCGGGGUGCCUCCCUCUACACAUUAUAUUACCCACAAUGCUGCCAAUCCAACUCCUAGGCAUUUACAGGCAGUACAAGCAGGAUACUGACUCGGUUGCCUUAUGGCUUGCCUCUACUGCCAAGGCCUGCGGCUAUGCCAACCUCUAUCAGGUACAGGCACCAAAGAGCGGACGAUUGAAGGGCAAGCAAAGAACCAAGGCUCGUGGUGACGACAAGGCCAAGCAAGGACCCAGGCCGGCGGACAAGAAGACUACAAGGCAUGUCAUUGCCAUCAAGGACUUCCUGCCACUCGCCGAGUUGAGCGAGAACGGACUUGACCUGGAUCCCGAGUCCGAUGAACGGCAUGGAUACUUUGUUAGUAUUUUGAUGGCGGUCAGAGAGGCGUUGCGGCCGGAAACUGCGUUUGCAACGACAUCUACGACGGAGACCGAUGCUGCCGUAGAAACCGGCAAUACUGCACCGAAUGAUUCAUCCAAGGAUCUCAGCAACCGGUUUGCCGCCCUGUCCGUCGACAAGCCGUCCCAGGCUUUCCUUGAAGCAUUUUGCAAUGCGCCUCAUGAGAGACCGGCACCGCGCGAUGAAGACCCAGCGUCUUACAAAGCCGAACCCCAGACUUCCAUCAAGGAUGUUUUGUUUGCCUUUAAUGUUCUAGUCAACAACCUGCACAGGAUUUGGUCUCAGAUCAAGCAGAUCUGGUCCAAUUACUGCGACGGCAAGUGUGAUCUUGCUGCUGCUGCUGUUGCUACAAAUACGGCUAUCUCUGUUGCUUGCAGGAUGAUUAAAGAAGUUGCUCCUCUUUUGGACGCGCAGGACAAAGGCGUUUCAGGUGUUCUUAACAUAUUCUAUCUUAUAAUCUGCCUCUAG